AUGUUUAUAAAAAGGAAUCCAAACUCUUUAAUUAAUCAAGACAAUCAAAUCAAUGAAAUCGUAGAUGGACUUGAGGAAUCUAUUAAGUCAAAUUAUGGAGCUUUUAGCGCCACGAGAACAUUCAACGGAUUAAUAUUUUCCCACUGUCUACCUGGUGCUGCAACGUUGGUCACUGGCACCAUCAUUUGUCCCAAAAAUUCCAGAAAGGUUAAGCUUUGUUUGAAAGAAAACCCGAAAGUCGAUCCCAUGGUCUUCGUUGAAGUUCCCCUUGGCACAACAGAAUUCACCGGUUCAAUCGACAGCGGUGUUCUUCGCAUAGUCCUGGACCCUGUCCCUGAUUCAGGUAUCACGCAUAGGUGGCUAACGUAUUGCAAUGGACAAAAGGUAGGCUUUUCCAGAAGGUUGGAAGUUGGUCAGGAGGAGAAAUGGGUGCUUGAAAUGAUGCAGAUGGUUCGUCUGGAGCCGGGUUUUUGCGCAAAACGGUUUGGACGCCGGUGUGAUCAAGUACUUGAGAGGCCAGUUUGA